UAAUAGCUUUUUUGAAAUUUGCCACUUGGAUUCGCCGUUUCGAGAAAAAGCACCCCGUUAUUAAGAGAUUUAUCUCAUAUGUUUCUCUCUCCCCCCCAAAAAGUAAACCCGGUGUCUGUGUUUGAAAUUUUCGUCUUUCUCUCUUCUCGACGAUUUUCUCUUUCUCUCUCCUCGACGAAUACCCAUAAUUUCUGAGCUUCUCCCUGACUCCAUCUCCAUUUAGUUUGCGCAAUCAGAUAUGGCUGUUGUAAAUUGAAGGUAUUGAAGCAGUAGAAAGUGUUCGAAAUUGGUGAAGAAUUGAUCAAAGGAAAGGGCGGUGCUGGGCGAUUCAGGUGUCAAAUUGUACUCAUAAUCCCUCCAUUGUUGAAAUAGGGUCCAUUAAAAAUAGAGGUACGCAAACCGGCGGCUUUCUCAUCGAAGCCCAAACCCGUGGGCCAAUCAAAACUGUGGCUAUGAUUGGUAAACAUAAGGAAAAAUGUGAUGUUGACGAUGACUAUGACGACUAUGAAGAAGGUGAGGAUAGGGAGGCUGAGGAAUUUGAACAUUCGAGCAAUAAGGGUGGUUCAAAUUCAAGUUCUAGAUUUAUGGAGGUGAUGAUUAAGGAGUAUUUGAAGAAAAAGAGUAGGAAGAGAAAAAGGAAGUCGCUCUACGGUGGGGCGAAUAAGAAGGUGGGAGUUGGUGCACAAUAUUGGAUUUGGGGGGUUGCUGAAUUUUGAUAUGAAGAAUAACUCGAGGCAGUUAUGUUACUGGCUGAUAGAGUAGGGUGUUUGCUGAUGGGACAAUGGUAUUUGGAGAUGGAUCAAUUCUUUCGCUUGGGCCAAACCAAGUAAGGUCCAUUCUUGGUAUUCCAAUGGGAACGAAGGAAGUUCCUCUAGUUCUCAGGGAUGAUGAAGAGGAUACCUAGAAGAUUAUUCGCGUGUUUAAACAGUAUGGUGUUGGGUCGAAGGGAGAAACGGUUUCUCUGAAUCUAGCAGCUGCAGCCAUGUGCCCUAAGCUCGAAGGUGGUUCAAUUUGCUUGUGGAGCUGGAGACAGAAGUGGAUAAAGAGGACUUUUAUGAUAGCUUUCUUAAUUGUUGCCCUAUGAAUGGUAGUCUGCACGACGACAAAUAGUUCGAAUGUGGCUGCAUCUUUAGUGCCGACAUUGGCAGUGGCAUGUGAAUCUGGAGAGUAUGAUUGGUGCAAGUUUACAAUUGACUGGGUGCACGAUUUUGCUGAUCGAUUUCAGACAAAGUUUCAGAAAAAUGGAUGUCAUUGCGGAUGUGGUGGGAGCAUUGUAUUUCUGAUGAUUUUUUAUUUGGAUCACCUCCACCAUGUACCAACUAGGUGGGGUGUAUAUCCUAGGGUGAUGGUGUGGGAUUCUGAACAGGUGAGAGCAACUGUAGACGAAGAUCGAAGGUUUGAUGAAGAAUUUGGGCAUUUGCCGGUUCUUAACAUUACCUAUAGGGAGGACCAUCCUCUAGUUCCAUGAGACGGUGAUGUCAGGAUGGUGGAAAGUAAAGGCAUUGUUCAUAAUUCAAUUAAUAAUAUGGCGGAUCGGGUACCUAAUUCUGUGUUCAAUUUAGGAUAGAAAGUGAUCAAUUAUGAGCAUAAUGUGUAUCAUAAAUCUUUGUUUGUUGUGUAAGUCCUUGUUCUGUGCUUUCCUACGCUUGUAAGUCUAGUGGAGGGGAUAGUUGGGACAACAUUAGGUAAUGAUGAUUCCAAGGCUGGUCAAACCAAGAAUGAUCAAGAAAUGCACACUGUUAGCACUGGUAAGGGGAGAUAUCCCCGUCAUAGUGGGAGCAAUAACAAGGGUAUGAAGCUGAAAGCACUGAAAGAGAAGUGCCCAAAUGAAGAGAAGGAAUCUUCAUGUGGAAGUUAUUCGAGCAAUAGGGAACCCGUGGGAACGUUGACCCGGGAAACAGCUUAUGAUAAGCGGUUGGAGACGUUUAUUAAAGGGUGGAAGGAUUUGAAGGAUGAAAACAAGCCAGGACCGUCGAUCAUUGAAUGUGAUGGAAUGAAUGCCACACAAAGGGAUUGUUACGGAGUAGUGGGUCAUAGAGUGCGUCUUGGGCACAAUAUGUGCGGAUGGCAUCGACUUUGUACACAAAGUAUUGGGGACCAAUGGAGUUUCUGAAUAGGAGGAAACGGAUUUUGUUGGAUCCCUUUUAUGUAAUGAUGAUUAAGGCCAAGGAUAGGGAUUAUGAGAAACUUGCAAGGAAGUACGGCAUGUCGUUGUUAACCAUCCCCAAUGAUGAAAUAAGACUAGUUUUCAUGCCCGUGUUUGAUGGGUCUGCUGAAAAGGCGGAUGAACACUGGUGGUGUCUUUUCAUGGAUAUGGUGAAGAAGCAGUUUUGGAUGAUUGAUUCCUUGUAUGCGGAUCCUUACGAACACCAUGCAGAGCUGGUUACAAAACUGGUGAAGGCAGUAGAUGUUUUGUUCCAAGUGAAAGAUCCCUUGUGGGAGCUGGGAAGUCUUGAGAAGUGGCCCAGGCAUGUGGUGGGCAUGGUCAAGCAAAUCGACACUUUCUCCUGUGAUGUCCUAAUGCUUGGUUGCAUUAAACACUAUGCACGUAGUUGUAGUGAUACCAGUUUCCCUUUGGAGAAGAACUUGAGAAAUAAGUUGUUUCUAGAGGAUGCGAACAACUCCUACAACGAACUUAGAGAAAAGUUCAAUGACAUUUUUCCCAAGGAAUGCGUAUGGACCAAAAGGACAGGAUCUUCUCAAAAUACUUAUUAGUUCUGUGUCUUUUAGCUUUUGAUUUGGGAUGGUAGACUAUGCGGCUGUUGACCUUUUGACUUGUUUUGUGUAGUCUGUGUUGCUAAGCUUGUUAACUGUUUGGUGAAGGUGCCUUUGUAGUUCAUGAAAAUAGACGUUGUAUGGAACUUGGUUGAUGUUUUUUUAAGCUAUUCGACUAGAACUUAUGGUUGUAUAAACGAUUUGAACUCCCAGUUGCCAUAUUUAAGUAUUUUGGAUUA